AUGGUCCCUCACCGCUCCUGGUUUGAGCCAGGAACAUACCAUGUUCUGAACCCUCCAAGGACAAUCAGUUUUGGGGAUGAAUCCUCUGUUAAUACAAUUGGAAUUGAAACAGUGAUCCUGCAAAUAACUAUUGGCAAAAAAAACUAUAAUAUUGCACUGUCAAAUAUUUUACUUGUGCCAAACUUCACUUUAGCACUUAUCUCCCUCCACAAAUUGUCUAAAACAGGAUUAUCAACACUUUUUCCAGCAGGGUCCAAUGCUUGUGAAGUUUGUAAAAAGAAGGAACUCAUCCUCACUGCCCUACAUAAGCACGGACUUUAUCACACCCAAGCAAAACCCAAAAUAAACCUGGAGUCAGCUUUUACAGCAGUGGAUGACAUAGACACCCUUACCGGAACCCCGGAUUUCUGUGAACCUUGUGUUUUAGGAAAGAUGAAAAAAUUACCCUUCAAGUCCACUGGAGGAAACUGUGCCAAGCGCCCCAUACAAAUUGUGCACACAGAUGUUGGAGGACCAAUUAAAACAACCUCCAGGGAGGGUUUCCGAUACUAG